GCUGCGGGCGGCCGUUGGCGGCCAGAGGCGACGACGUCGGCGGCGGAGGUCGGGGGGGCAUCACCUGUGCGGCCGGUGGUCUGCGGUCUGCAAUAGUUGAGUCUGGAGCUGUCGGUGACGCUAUUCCCCUUCCUCGCCAGUGAAAGCGCCCGAGCAAACUACCCGACACUCAAGGUGAAGGCGCAGAACAAAAACAAAAUCCUCUCGUUAAACUGCAAAAUGGAUGCACAUCUUGCUCAAAGUAUUAACAGUCCGACCAGCCCCUGUGAUGACAUGUUGAAAAAUAUCAGUAAUUUGGAGGCUAUACAACUGUGUGACAGAGAAGGAAACAAAUCACAAGAUAGUGGCAUUGCAGAGAUGGAAGAGCUUGCUGUUCCUCACAACAUAAAAAUAAGUAACAUCACAUGUGAUUCUUUCAAAAUCUCAUGGAGUAUGGAUUCAAAAUAUAAAGAUCGUAUCACGCAUUACUUUAUUGAUCUGAACAAGAAAGAAACCAAGAAUUCCAAUAAAUUCAAGCACAAGGAUGUUCCUACAAAACUGGUGGCCAAAGCAGUUCCUUUGCCAAUGACUGUGCGUGGUCACUGGUUCUUGAGUCCCAGAACAGAAUACACUGUAGCUGUUCAGACUGCCUCAAAGCAAGGUGAUGGAGAUUAUGCUGUUUCUGACUGGAGUGAAGUUGUGGAAUUCUGCACUGCAGAUUAUUCCAAAGUUCACCUAACGCAGUUGAUGGGAAAAGCAGAAGCAAUUUCAGGACGGAUGUUGACGUUUUCAGUUUUCUACCGUAACCAGCACAAAGAAUACUUUGAUUAUGUUCGGGAGAAACAUGGAACACUAAUGCAACCAUCCUCCAAAGAUAACAGUGGCAGUCACGGUUCCCCCAUCAGUGGGAAACUAGAAGGCAUUUGCUUUAGCUGCAACAUUGAAUUCAACACUGGGAAACCUCCACACGACUCACCUUACGGCAGAAUUCGCUAUCAGAUCCCUGCUGACAAACUCUUCAACCAAAACACAAACCUCUACUUUGGAGAUUUUUAUUGUAUGUAUACGGCUUACCACUAUAUUAUCCUUGUUAUUGCGCCGGUGGGAUCCGCGGGAGAUGAAUUCUGCAAGCAACGACUUCCUCAGCUAAACAUAGCAGACAACAAAUUCCUGACAUGCACCGAGGAGGAUGGUAGGCCAGUUUAUCACCAUGUUCAGGAUGCCAUUUUAGAAAUAAUCUACACUGACCCUGUGGAUCUUUCUCAUGGUACCGUGGCUGAGAUCCGUGGCCAUCAGUUGAUGAGCCUGUCCACAGCAAAUGCAAAAAAAGAUCCUAGCUGCAAGACCUGUAAUAUUAGUGUUGGACGUUAACUGAAAGUGCACAGUUCCACACCUGUGACAUUAAUAUCGUUUUCAGUUAUUCCAUUGUUUCCCUCUUGAAGCAUAUUGUGCAGCCUGUCAUCAAAAGCUUACAGCUAGUUGUUUUACUUACUGAAAUAUGUAAAUGUAUGUUUCUUGUGAGAUACUUGGUAAUGUUGUUGCAAAGUUCAAAAUAAAAGCUAAUAAUCACACGUUCCCGCUUUAAGAAUUACAACAAUGUUUUGCUUUAAAAUAAAAUAAUUAAUGUUACAUGCUCUUGCAAAGCAAAGAUGUUAUCUUGUAUAGUGUUCUAAGAGAUAUUUAACAAAAAAAUAGACUACUACCACUAGGAACAAGCAUGAAGGUGCUUUUGCAGCAUGACCUUAUCUUGCAAGAUAAAUACAAUAUCUGACACAACUAAUUACAGAAGGUAACGGUAGUUGCAAAACAUUUAAAAUUGCUGUAUUUGAAGAAAAUAAACGUAAUACAAUAGAAAAA